GUCGGAGGGAAACUGAUACAAACAAGAGCUGUUGGUAGCGAUGCGGGCACAGCACCUGUGAAUUAGGGGGUUAAGGCACCUACUUAAGGCCGCCUUUGUUCCUCACCUGGCGCCUUAGCUCAUCUAUGAGGCACACGUUCUACCUAAUAAAAGCAACCCUUCCUCCUCUACUCACAUUAAACCUGCACUCAGCCGCUCGUGCUGGACUGCGAACUCGAUGGCACAACAGGGUCCCCAGCAGUCGUUUGGUUCUCAUACUUCCGAGCAAGACGAAAAAGCAGAAUUGUUUUCUGCCGUUCUUUCGGCUCUUAACAGGGAACAGCUUCCCCUGCUUGCGAGCACCGUUUUGCGUCGCAUCGAUCCUGACUCUCCGGCCACCCAGACAACGCCCUCGGUUGGCGAUCCUCUAUAUGGAUCUUACCACGUACUAUUCCCGCUGAUCUUCAAUACUGGUCUUCGCUGGGCCGUAAAAAUCCCCAUAAACGGCACGGUUGGCAAAUGGAACGACUUAUCCGCCUCGGCCCUGGCCUCCGAAGCCAGUACCAUGCGUAUGCUUAAGCGCGAGACCACUAUCCCUCUACCUGACGUGUUGGACUUCUCCUCGACUACGCAAAAUACCUUGCAAUGUCCUUACAUAAUGAUGACCUUCAUUUCCGGGACCUCUCUGUACGACGUAUGGUUUGGACACCAUCUCAACGGCGUCAGCCCUGAGCUGACCCAAACACGGCGGACUCGCGCUCUUGAAAACAUCGCUGCGGCAAUGAUACAGCUGGACCGCUUUGCAUUCCCAACCGGCGGCAGACUUGUCUUUGGAAAGGACGAGAAGGUAUCGGGGAUCGGACCCGCACGACGAGUCGACCAAAGGGCUAUGCUUGAUCAAUGCUUCGCCCGUGAUGAUCCCGACGAUGGGAUCAUUUACGUGGAGUGCGCGGCAUACGCGGACCCGAAAAGACACUACACCUUUAUGCUCGACAUGCAUCCCGAACAGAACCAGGUCCCCAAAGGUAUCGAGACGCUCUUGCACCAGCUGAUCAGCUGGAUCCCUGAGCCCGGUGGGGCAGCUCCUUUCGUUCUUGCCCACCCAGACUUCGACAUCCAGAACUUCAUCGUAUCCCACGACGGCGAACUCCAAGCCAUUAUUGAUUGGGAUGGCGUUGCAGCUAUGCCUCGUACUCUCGGCAACGAGGGAUAUCCCGGGUGGCUUACUCGCGAUUGGGAUCCGGUCAUGUACGGAUAUAAGGAGUCUAUGGAUCAAGGGGUAGAACCGGAAGGCGCGUGGGAAGACUCGCCGACGUGUCUUGCCUACUACCGCGGCCUUUAUGACGAGAUGAUGGCAAGAUACCGCGCAGAGAGAAGCCACUCCUCCAAUACCAACCUCUGUCGAAUGUCCCUGAUCACAAGUAACAUAGCCAUUGCUGCGGAUGACCCUAGUUGCAGAGCCGGAAUACUGCGCAAAAUGGUGGGAGAGAUAUGGGCUGUCGCAGGACAAGGCGCGAAGUUGGAUUUUGAGGACCUGGUCAUUAUGUUCGCCGAGGGUAAAGUGGACGCUACGGUAAUGGAGACGCUCAGAAAGGGGUUCAGCAUUCUUCUGUCAAAGGAAGGUUUAUAAGGAUGUUGGAGGAGCAGCGAGAAGCUUCAGUUGGCACAUGGUACCGUCUAGAGCACUUCGUCGGAUGCGGAUAGGAAAGGCUGCUAGGGAGGUCUUUCAAGAUGGCAGUACAGGUAGCGACUGUAGCUGGCUAUGCCGUCUAAUGAAUGGAGCUGCAAAUGUCGAGGCUGGCGGCGUCGAUGAUAGUGUUCGUAUGCGCACUCAUGUGGUGAGGCGGCAGAC